AUGCUUGUAAAGGAUAAUUCAUCACCAUAAAAGUUUUCAGCUUAGCAACAAGAAUUCAAAAAACAAAAGAGUCAACGAUUUACUAUUUCUAAUUAAAUGAAGAAAAAGAGUCCUACAAGAUAUUUUAGGGAGAUGAAGAGUCUAAAAUAACAUCGUCAAUAAACGAUAUUAAAGAGUUCAAAAAGUUUUCAGCCUAAAAGAUAAAGUUAAGAUAACUCCUCAGAAUCAAGCGAAUGCGACAAUAUUGACGAGAAAUCAGACAUGGAAGAAAAAAUUAUAGCAGUACCUAAUUUGAGUUUUAAAGAAGGGCUAAUGGUUACACAUGAAUAACCAGAAUAAUUAACUCAUAAUUCUUCUGAUCCACAGCAUUCAUAGAAUCAGAAACAUCAUAUUAUCAAAAAUAUCAAAAAAUGCUAAGGUGAUCAUAGCCUGAUGAGUGAUAUGAAUUCAUAAGAAAACUUACUUUCUAGAGAUUAGGAUUCUUUUCAGAAUAGAAGCUUUUAAAAUUUCUUAUAAGUGUAACCAAUAGAAGACAGAUAAGAUUUUUAUGAAGAGCUUGAUCCAAGAAUACUCAAAAAAUAUUAAAAACAUGCAGAGCGUAAUCCUUUCGAAGAUUCAUAUUAUGUUGUGCUUACACCACUUCAUGGCUUAGAACGCCUUAGAUAUGAAUUAAAUAAUUACAAUGACCAUCUAAAUUUACUCAAACUAAGAAAAUACAUUGUUUAUUCAUUCUUAUGCAUACCUAUGCAUUUUUAAAGAAUUGUAGAUAGUGUCUAAUUUAAAAUUAUCAAUGGUAUUCUCAUUAUUUGCAAUUUAACUUUUUUCACUUUGAGCAAUUCAUCUCCACCAGUUACAAAUGAGGAAUACAAAUAAUUUAUCUUUUAUUGUUUUGCUAUUGAAAUCGGAAUAAGAAUUAUUGCUGCAGGAGGAAUCUAUCCAACCAUUCAUUUUUUAUGCAGCAAAGAAGACAUGUUUAAUUUGCUAUGCACAUUAAUUACAUUCCUACAUUAUUUUUAUCCUAAACAUAUUUCAUUUGAUCUAUCACCAUUAAGAAUAAUUACAAUAUUAUUAUAUUUGGGAGAUGGAUUAUUACGACUUAAAUACAUGUUGAUAGCUCUCAAAAAAUCAUUAAUAUUUUUGGCGGAGGCUAUUUUUAUAUUACUUAUAUUAUCUCUCCUAUUUUCAAUAAUUGGAGUGUCUCUGUUUUAAGGAUUAUUUAAUUACCGAUGCUAACCUAUGGUAGGAGAACCUAUUGAUGAAUGGGUUCAAUGUUAUUAAAAUAUUUGUCCUGAUGGCAUGAUUUGUGUGUUUUCAUCAGAGACUCCUAAGCUUCCAACUUCAUUCAAUAAUGUGAUUUUUUCCUUUGGUUAGAUAUUAAGAACAAUAACAAUGGAUGAUUGGAGUUGGGUUAUGUUUUUCACAAUGAGGAUAUUCCAUCCUUAGAUAUGGAUUUAUUAUUUAGGAGUCAUUUUUUUAUGCGGUUUCUUUUCUAUAAAUUUAAUGAUAGCUGUUCUUAAGAUUCAUUAUUCUGAGGCCACAGCAGAAUGUGAAGAUUAUGAGAAGUUAUCAAAAUAGAAAAACGAUCACAGCUUAAUGCGGCAGGAGAUGUUUUUAAGUAAAGACCUUAUUACUUAUUUCGACUUGUCAUUUUUAAGAUAUAUUGGAUUUUAUUCUGUUUUGAAAAAACAUAAAUUAUUGCUUAAUACUGCCAAACCCUUAACUGAAUUGAUUGAUGACGAGAAUAAAGUCGAUAAAUUUAAUAAUUAAUUGCGAUUGUUGUCGUCUAAAUAAAAGAAGAUUUUAGACGAAGCCAAGUAGAAAAGUCUAAAGAAAUCUUUUUGGAAUUAAUUUAAAAAUUUUUCUAUUAAAUAAUGGAUGCUGCCCAAAUUUAAAGAUCUAUAAAUAGAAUAAAAUAAAAUAAAUAUUAAGAUGUAUUCUGAUGAUCCAAUUGAAAUUUCCAUACUUUUGAAAUUAAGCGAAUAUUAAUUCACUUAAUUCCACAAUUCUGUUAAUUAUCAUGUAGAUUAAAAAUUCAAGAGUCUUAAAGAUGUUUUCAUAUAAAAAAAGAGAGUUGCGCAUAAAGAAAAAAUCAAAAUAUAUUAUCAACCUCUUUUCACUAAGAAAGAAAUCAAAAUCAUACCUCGUUAAUAAUCAGAUGUUUCCCUAAGUCGUUAUCCAAUACACAAGAGUACUCGUAGAAUAACUGUUUAAAGAUCAUUUAGUAUUAAGGAUGACAGUCAUGGAACAUAAUCACCUUAAGUUAGAAAAAGAUAGAAUGAUAUUUUUGGAACUGUGAACAUUAGGUCAAGAGUGGAAAGAAAAUUACCAUUUCAAAUUUUAAGGGGAACGAGAAAAUAUAUAUAUAUUCAUGGAUUUUAUAUUGAUUAUGAGUAGAUAUAGGAGAAAAUAAAUACAAAAAUACCUAAAACAAAAUAAGUUUUAGAUUCAAAUGAGGAGGUCUAUUUAUAAAUUUUUUAAAGGGAAAGAGAAUAAAAACUCAUCAAGUCAAAAAAUUGGUCAGGAAAUAAUGUUCUCUCUUUGAAUCCUAAUAGAAUGUAGUAAUUUCAGGAGAUAUUCAAUAGUUUAAAUAAUUUCAACCAUCUUAUAUGGAUGCCAACCUUUGGUGGCAAAUUACUGAUUUUACGAAGAUACACUCUUAUAAUUAUUGAUAACAAGAUUACUCAAUUUUUCUUUGAUUUCAUAAUUCUAAUCAACUUCAUAUUCCUUUCAUUAUAUGGAAUAGCUGAUGCUCGUAUAAUAUCGAAAUUUGAAGACAUAUCUACUAUAAUUUUAUUGAUUGAAAUAGGGUUUCAAAUGUUUACAUACCCUUUGCAUCGUUUCUUUUCUAGCAAGGAAAAUGUGCUUUAAGCUAUUAUUAUGAUUGCAAGUUUCAUUGAAUUCAGUUUCAGUGAUUAUUUAAACUUAACCUAAUAGUACUUAAGAAUGAUCAGAGGAACUAAAUGCAUUUUAUUUUAUAGAUGCUUAAAAUAUAAUUAAAUGGCUGUACUCAUAGGUAAAAUAGCUUCAAUAACAUUUAAAUAAUACAUCUAUUUGACAAUAUUUAUGUUCAUUAUGAUUACUAUAUAUGGGCUAAUUGGAAUGGAUCUUUAUGCUGGAUAAUUUGAUCAAAAUGAGCCCUUAGGAUAGUUACACUCUUUUGAUAAUCCUUUGAAAGCUGGUAUGACUAUUUUCAAUAUAAUGACAAAUGAUGAUUGGUAUGGAGUAUAUGUAAUAGGAUCUGAACUCAAUUUAACAGCAGCUGUAAUUUUUUCAUUUUCAAUGGUUUUAAUUUUAAAUUAUUUAACAUAUGGAUUAGUCUUGGCAAUUUUAUUGGAUGGGUUUGGGAGAUAUUUAGAAGAAAAACAUGAUUAGGAUGGAAAUUAACAAUAAUUAUUGACAUCUUAAGCUUCAAACAACAGAGAUGAAGAAGCCCUGAAUACAGAAAUAGAUUCUAUGUUUGAUUAGAAAGUUAAGUCUUAGUAUUUCUCAUAAGUUUAAAUUUUUGAUUAAAAUGAAGAGAAGGAAUAACCAAAAAUUAAACUUGAUAUUAUUAAAUCAUUCCAGAGAUCUCUAAAGUAAUUAAAUAAAUAGAUACUAAUGUCGAAUCCAAAGUUAUAUUAAGAUAUAGAAUGCGAAACUGCUUUGUAUUUCUUUGCCAAAAACAGUAGGAUUAGAGUUAUUUGUUGCAAUAUCUGCACAUCAAAGAGAUUUUCAUGGUUUUCAAACACAGUGAUGGUUUCCUCAAUAUUUCUUAUGAUAGUCAGAACAUAUCAUGAUUAUGAAGAUGAAAAGAGCUAAUAUCCCUAUAUAAUAUUAGCAAUUUUGAAUGUGCUUAAGCUAUUUGAGGAUAUCAUUUCGAUAAUAGCUAAGGGAUUAUUUAUGGAUAAGGGUAGUUAUUUAAAUUAUUCCUGGUAAGUGGUGGAUCUAAUUUAUUUGUUUGCUUUCUUUAUUGAUACAUACAAAUAAAAUCCAAUAAUAGACGUGUGUUUAUUUUUUGGACAUUUUAGGCCAAUGAAGCUGAUGUAUAGAAUCAAAUGGUUAGAUAAUAUAAGGGCUGCAUUAGCAUAAUCUUUAUUGGACAUGCUUAAGAUUUUGUUAACUUUGAUUUCUGUUUGGAUAAUGUUUGGAGUUUUUGGCAUAAUCUUAUAUGAAAGUUAAUUUGGAUUUUGUGAUGAUAAAAUGCAAUUCAAUGUUAACUAAUAGGAAUGCAUUGAAAAUGAUAGGAAAUGGAUCAAUUAUAAACAUAAUUUUGACAAUAUAACAAUAGCCUUGCCAACAUUAUUUGUAGUAUCAACAUUUGAUGGAUGGGGUGAAAUAAUGUAAGUGGCAGAAAAUAGCAGAUAAAGUAAUUUAGGUCCUGCACCAUUUGCAUCAUAUUUAUCAACCUAUGGUUAUUUCAUGUCCUUUUGUUUUAUAGGUUCAAUGUUCUUUUUAAGCUUUUUUACAGGAACACUGUUUUCUAAAUUAAGAGUGAAUUAAUAAAAGAUAGAAAUGUAGAAUGUAACAAGGUCUUAGAAAGAGUUUGUUGAAUUAUGUCCUAUGAUACUAAAAGACUCUCCUGGUUUUUCGACUCCACCUACUAGAUUCAUGGGAAGAUUGUCAUCAUUUAUAGUUAACAAUUCUAUUAGUUAGAAAUUCAUGUUUUUAUUACUAUUGGUUGAUUUAAUAUGUUAAUUGCAAUACCACUAUGGCAUGAAUAUAGAUAAAAUAAGAACCCUGAAUCUAAUUUAAAGGUUUUUAAUUCUAUUUUAUGGCAUAUGGAUAGUUUUACUAUUUAUGUAAUUAGGUAUUAAUAGAUACUUUGACAAUUAUUGGAGAAGAUAUUAUAUUUUUUUAAUUUUUAUCUCUCUAUGUGAUAUCAUAGCAGAUUUUCAAUAUGAUUGGGUCAUCCUUUAUUAUGAAUCCAAUGUUUACACACCCAACUAUUAGAUAUUAAGACUGGCCUUUAUGACAAGAUAGUUGAGACUCUUAGGAAUCUUUCAGGGAUUAAGUAAUUUAUCAAGAUUGAUUCGAGUCAUGGGUUUUGCUAUUCCUUUUUUAGCUAAACUUAUCUCUAUUCUCAUUAUUACAAUGAUCAUUUAUGCUUUGAUUGGGUGUGAACUAUUUGGUAAAAUUAAACAAGGGGCAGUCAUUGACGAAUACAUAAACUUUACGAAUUUCGAAUAUGCAUUAUUGGCAUUAUAUAAGUGUGCAUCAGGGGAUGAUUUUAGAACAAUAAUGACUGAUACGAUGCACCAUAAUCCAUAUUGUUUAGAGAACUCUGACAAUUGUGGAUCAGAUUUUAAUUAAUUAUAUUUCAUUACUUUUAUGCUAUUCUCCAAUUAUGUUCUAUUAAAUUUAUUUGUUCUUGGAUUGAUAGAAUAAUUUGAGGAAUUCUUUCAGGUAUAGAAUUCAAUGAUUCAAACUUACGUAGAGUAAAUUGAUAAGAUUAAAACUACUUGGUGUAAAUAUUCAGCCGAUAAUAAUGGUGAAAGCAUGCAUUAUAAAUUCCUAUGUCGAUUCUUACUAGAUAUUGGCUAACCAUUGGGAGGAGGGAAUGAAGAUAAUCUUUGGGAUGCUGCGAAAUUGGCAUCAAAAUUAAAUCUUAGAUGUGAUCCAUAUGGGUAUAUUCAAUAUAAUCAAUUAUUGUAUCAUUUAUUUAGAAGUUGCUAUCAUGAUGAAAUCUUUAAGGAUGGAUCUCAAGAGUCCAUCAAAAAGAUUAAACAAUUCAAUAAAGAAAUGCAUACAAGAUUGUAUUAUUAUAGAAGAAACAAAACUCAGAAGAGGAGCAAUAUUUGUCUAAAUAAUUUACAAUUUAAAUCUAAUUUUAACAUUCUUCAUGAUUAUCUAAAUGUUUUAAUCUUAUUUAAAACUUGGUAGUCAUACUCAAGGUUAUUAGUUUAAAAAAUAAUCAGAAGAUAAGAUGAUUACACAGAAAAUGAUGAAAUGACCAUUGAUAUGGAAUAUUUCAGUCCAUAAUAUCGGCAAACUGAUUUUAUAUCUGAUGGUUUUAGCUCAAGGAGAACAACUGAUAUUAAGUUCUAAGAGAAUUUGACUGGCCAUCAUGUAUCUAGAUAGAGUCAUGAAUCUUAGCAGCAAUAGCAUUAGUUACCUAUUUAUUAAAACACUCUGUAAUAGGAAACAGAUAGAAUAUACGGAGGGUUUGAUGAAAAUGUAAUUUUGGGUUUCAAAGAAAUUAGAUUUAAAAAUUGUAAUUAAUGA